AUGGAAUCUCCCAAGCCCAAGGUUGUUUUCAUUGGAGAUCCAAAUGUCGGCAAAAAUACGCUUUUCCAAUACAUCCAGAAGAUCGGAUGUGAAGAUAAAACUUCAGGAAUUAUCGGAACAACUCAUUUUACAUUAUAUUUUAAUCAAGGAGAUCAACAAUUUGAUGUAGAAUUUUGGAAUGCAGCAUCUAACAGUUAUUUCUCUGCUAUUAUUCCAACAUAUCUACACAACGCGAGUUAUGUAUUUGUAAUUUUUGAUACAUCUAAUAGAGAUUCAUUUAAUAACCUAAAUAAAUGGUUCGAAUACAUCCAACAGUAUGCAUUAUCAACAACGAAAAUAUUCCUAAUUGGAAAUAAAACUGAUAAAAAUAAUGAAAUUUCAAAUGAAGACGUUCAAAACUUUGCUAAAAAUAGGGUUCACUUUGACUAUACCGAAGUUUCUGCUUCGUCGGGUUCCAAUGUUCAAUUAUUGCUAGAAACUUUGAAAAAGUCUGUAUUUUCCAAUCCAGAAUUCAAAUCAAAUACUGUCAAUAUUCAUGAUCGUAAAAUCAAUAAUGCUCAAAGGGCAGCAUCAUGUCGAAUUAAUUGA